UGCGGGGACCGCCGCCGCUCUGGUGUCGCUGCCGCAGCCGUUGCCGCCGUUGCCGCCUCCCUACUGGCAAGUGUGGGAAGGAGGAGCUGAGGGCCACCGCCGCCGUUGCCGCCAUGGGGAGGAAGUCGAGCAAAGCAAAAGAGAAGAAACAGAAGCGGUUGGAGGAGCGAGCAGCCAUGGAUGCUGUCUGUGCCAAAGUGGACGCCGCCAACAGGCUUGGAGACCCAUUAGAGGCUUUCCCAGUGUUCAAGAAAUAUGAUCGGAAUGGGUUAAAUGUCUCCAUUGAAUGUAAGCGAGUGUCUGGCCUGGAGCCGGCCACCGUGGAUUGGGCCUUCGACCUGACCAAGACCAAUAUGCAGACCAUGUAUGAGCAGAGCGAGUGGGGCUGGAAGGACAGAGAGAAACGUGAGGAAAUGACGGAUGACCGGGCCUGGUACCUCAUCGCUUGGGAAAACAGUUCGGUUCCCGUAGCCUUUUCUCACUUCCGGUUUGACGUGGAGUGCGGGGAUGAAGUCCUGUACUGCUACGAAGUGCAGCUGGAGAGCAAGGUGCGGCGGAAAGGUCUGGGGAAGUUCCUCAUACAGAUCCUGCAGCUCAUGGCCAACAGCACACAGAUGAAGAAAGUUAUGUUAACGGUAUUUAAGCACAAUCAUGGUGCCUACCAGUUCUUCAGAGAAGCGCUGCAGUUUGAAAUCGAUGACUCUUCCCCAAGCAUGUCCGGUUGCUGUGGGGAGGACUGCUCCUAUGAGAUCCUGAGCCGGAGGACCAAGUUUGGGGACAGCCAGCACCCCCAUUCGGGCGGGCACUGUGGUGGCUGCUGCCACUGAGCUCCCACGCUCUCUCCCAGGCCUGUUCGCUCCCCGGUUUCAAGCCGCUUGCCAGGUGCCCUCAGAGCUGUGGCCUCCUCAGCCCCAACCCUGGGGAGGAGUGGUCCGCGCCGCCCCUCCUGCUCUCUCCUAGAAGAGCAGGGUGCUGGAGGGAGCAGAGAGGAGAGGAUGCUGCCGGAGGAGCCGGCGCAGGCCGGGGCGCGAGGCGCAUCCUCUCACGGUGGCUGCCUUCUCACUCGGCUCUCGGCCCUGAGCGUGGGUUCUCCGACUUCCCUACAGCUGGAUUCCUGACAAGCCCCCCUCCCCGCCACCCACACUGCUGGACAAAUGGAGUGUUUAUUCCCACCUUCAUGAAAGUCCUGGAGCCCUGGGUCAGGGUCUGGCUGGUUCCCACAGAGGAAUGGGCUCAGUGUAAGAUCUGGGCGUAGAGAGAGUCUUCAGAGAGACUCCUGUUUCGUGGAUGGGACGCUCCAGUGGAGACCUCAGGAAGGUCUUUUGUGCCAUGACACAGGGAAUCGAGGGAGCUCUUUCUGGCUGUGCCUUCGUGGAUCCAGUUAGAGUGGAGUUGUCCCAGGGGACCAGCCGGCUGCCGGCUCUGGGAGAAAGGCUGUCCCCCUCUCCCCAUUGCUGUCAGUGAGGGGCCGAGAGGACCAGGAGCAGGUGUGAAUGGGGCCUGCCGUGGGGACUGUGGCUUCUCCGGGCUUUGGGACCUGGCUGCACCCUGAGCUUAACCUCUUGAUCUCAUGGCAGUGACUUGAGAUUUUUACUCAGAGAAAAGAGCUGGAGCCCUGCCUGCUCUUCUCCGUCACCUCUCACCCCACUCGAUACCCCUCUUCUUACUCUCAAGGGGAAAUAACAUCAGGGAGCCCCUUGUCUUCCCCCAGAAGACCCCUUGCUCCUGCCAUAUUUAGUGCCGUUUCCUCUCAUAUCUUGGUGCUGUUAGCUCUCUGAAGGUGGGUACCCCCCACCGCCACUGCCCCCUUUGGAGAGCCCCCAGCCAGCAGCAGCCCCUUCCUGCACUCUCCAGCCUGGCCAGACGCUGCUCUUCUCUCCGGUGUCACCUGCGGCGGGCGGGGGUCAGGAGAAGCUUCCUCUCCCCUCCUGGGGUAGAGAGGGCGCAGGGUCAGAGCUUAGACUUGCCCUCAUCCCCAGACCGUUAUCCCCUUCCAGGGAAGACGAUGACCAAAUCCUUAUCCAGGAAGAAGCACCUACCACCUCCCCUUGGACAACCUUGAGCUCUGCCUUAGGGAGCAUCUCAAAGGUUCUGCCUUUGCGAGGUUGUUCCGGAGGAGGUCUGUCAGUCCUUCCGACCUAGGUCUACUCACGCCCCACCCUCCGCCCUGACCCAGGCCGCCUGUGCGGCCGU